AUGCUCCUACCGUAUGUAGCUGUCUAUUCUGCCUGCCUUUCGUCAUUGCCACGGCCCUUUCAUCUGAAGGUUUUCCUCUUCCUGAAAGGUUACCACCAGCGAGAAAGAGUGGAAGACGUGCUCUCCUCCCACCACAUACCUUACCUUACCGAUCCCAAUACAGACACAGAGCACGACCGGGAGAGGAACGAUAUCCUACCCUCGCCCAUAUCAGACGUCGCGAACGAACCACUCGCGGCUACUUGA